AUGGAAAACUUGGAAUCUGGAGCUCAAGACGCAUUACAAUCCAAAGAUUUCUUAUCUUAUAGUACACUAUUGGAUAUUUAUUUAAACGACCCAACAAAAUAUUCCAAUGAAGAGAAAGAGCAAUUACUAGGUCAUAUAUUGACUAUACUUUCCGAAAACAAACAGUUGACAUACGAAAUAGGUUGGGAUUUGCCACAAUUAUUGAUCUUGUACGUUGAUUCCGAUUAUGAAUUCAAUGGGCCUAUCAGAGACUCCCCUGGGGUGUAUAAAAUUUUGAAAAUUUUUGAAAAUUUGGCGAUUAAUGGUAAUCAUAAAGAAUUAUUUUUGAAAAGUUGUGAAUUAUUAAACGAUUUGGAAUUAUCUCAAGAUGAAGACAUUGAAUUAUUAAAACGUGAAAACUUCUUUGAAAUCAAAUUAUAUUGUGUAUUUGAAUUAAUUGAUGCCUGUUUGAAGAAAAUUCAUACUUUGUAUCCAUCGAGAUUUUUGGCCAUGACAGUUAGCUCGUUUAAUAAUCUUAUGUUCAAAUUAACUAAACAGCAUGGUAGUUUAGGUAAUUACCAUUUUGUCAUGAAAAGAGUUUAUAGUUUCUGCAGAAACUAUAUUAGCCCACCAUUACCCACCAAUGCUAAGGAAAUGCCUCAAGAGGAGUUGGACAAGAUUGUUAAAGAUGAAGAAUAUUUACAAAGAAGAUUAUUAACUGGGUUUCUAACUCAAGUGAUCUAUUUGGCCAAUAUAAAUGGAACUGAAGGUUACUCAAUUGAGCAUUUCAGUUGGUUACAACAACAAUCCAAAUCAAAAAUCAAAUUUGUAUUUGAAAGAGAUGGUGCAUUCUGUGAUCGAUUUGUGGAAUUGGCAUCUUCAUUCGAUAUUGAUUUGUUGAAAUGCUUCCAGGGGUUUAUCACCGAUUCCCACAAAUUGUUAAUUGGCAUUGACUACAAAAAUAAGAACAAAUCUGAAGAUGAAAUAAUUGAACUUCUUUUUGAAAGAGUUGUUGUAGAUUACCAGAAGAACGUUUUAACCAGUAUCGUCGACAGUGAUGCCAAAGCCAUUAAGGAUUCGAUUAUUGGUGAGUUGAUUUUAUUCACUCAUUCUAUAGCAGGAAAGAAAAAUUUUGCCAAACCAACAAUGUCAAUCCAUGAUUCGUUAGUAAUGACUUUACGUUUAAUCAUUCCUCAAAUGGUAAACCCAAAAUUUAUCAAUGCUGGAAAUCAUGAUGUAGUAGUGUUUUGGGUAUGGUUUGCAUUAUAUCAACAACAAAUUAUCAAUUCAAAAAAUUUGCAGUUGGAGAUUUCUUAUAUCCCCAAAGUUUUAUUGACAACAUUUUUCCAAUGUUUGUUAUUCAUUGUUAUUAAAUCCGAAGGGAAACCAAAUUUCAAGUACAUGCUAUUAACCUUAUUAACAAAAUUGUUGACAUUAUCUCCUGAUACCGGGUAUGAAUUCAUUAAGGACUCACUAAAUAAUUGUCCUUAUGAAUCAGUGUAUCCUUCUUUGAUUGGAGUCUAUAAGCAAUUGUUGUUGAACGAAAAGUGGGAUGUAAAUAGUAUUGAAUUGGAGAAGUUGAAUAUCUCUUCUUCUUCAUCAAACACUCCACCUAAAUUACCACCAAGAAAUGGUAUCAAGAGAAAGCAUUUUUCGUUAACCAAUGAAUCUUUGAACGAUUUGGUAGAUUUGAUCAAUAAUUCCCUGAAAAAUGCAUUCGUUGAAGAUAAUUCAAAGAUUGAUCCAAGCAAAUUGUCGACUAUUGCCGCAUACUUGAAUCUAUUAGUAGCUAUAAAGAAAGAUCCCGUGAUUGUUGAAAAUAAGGAAAAGUUGACCACUUUGAUCUCAUCAAUCGAAAACAAGAUCAAGAGUGUUAAAAAAUCGUCACAAAAUCAAUUUGAAUUAAAUGCUGCUGGUAUGCUUGAGAUUACAAUUGAAAGAUUCAAUGAGUAA